AUGGCCGUCAUCAGUGCGGCGGUGUCGGCGAAUAACAGCCGGAGGUUCCCGGGCCUGUCCGAGAAGUUCGCCAAGUUCGACCGGGCGGCGGCGUCACGGUCCCGGCGCCCGUCCGACGAUCCGCCGCGCACGUUCUACCUGUUCACCGCGCUGUUCGUCGGCGUGUACAACCUGGCGUACGGCGCGUUCGCCCAUCGGGACGUCGCGUUCUACGCGCUGUUGAUGUGGACCGCGCUUUACGUGUCAACCAUGGUGCCCGUCGUCCAGUACGCCGCCUACGUCAGAAUGUUGCGGGAACGGUACGCGUUGGCCAACGGGAUUUUCGCCAACAGUGAGUACGCGCGCGCCACGAGGAUAUGGGCCCGGGGGAAUCGGGGGGUGGGGAAAACAAAUUCAAUAUCAAUGAUAACAUAUAAUGUAACGCUGGAAUAAUUUGUUUGACGGGUUCGUGUUAUUUUCAGUUCCCAUUCGCGCCGGUUUUCAGGCGGAAACGGCGCAAAACCGUCAUCGCGUACACUCAUCGGUAUUUACUCGGUAAAGGACGCGAUUUGCCGGGCCAGUUACGAUCACCCCGCCCCCUCCCCCUUUCCGAAUUUGCACCGGCAGGACGCAGUGCGUACGAAACGCCAAAGUCACCGCGGAGGGUUACGUGUUACGAGAACGAUUUUGAGUAAUUCAAACUCGAAUAACGUAUUCCGGACGAGCGUGAUAUCGAUAAACGUACGCGGACGUACGAGUUCUCUUUGUUUCGCGGUGACGGUCGACCGUCUUGAUCCACGUGGCCCGAGUAGUUUUUUUCGUCCGCACGGAACGGUUUUUCGUUAAAGAUUACGCAGCACCGUAACUCGUGGACUGCGGUACAACGAGACUAUACUCGCGAAUGUGUUUCAAAGUGAAUUUUUUUUUUUUUUUUUUUAGUUCCCUGUGCGCGACCCCCUGAAUACCGGGAGAUGGCGCGUUCACUUAAUUAUAAAGCUGCGUCCGAAUCGGGUCCCGGAUCUAAGUGAUUUUGAUAGGCAGUACACCGACAGUUGGGUCCCGAUGAAAUUUCGGAUAUUAUGAUAGCUGGGUACCGGCUUUCGGCAGGUUCGACACUAGUCGAGUCCAAACUCUUAUAAGCAAUAGGAAACGAUUGUUCCUUCUUAUUUUUACAGGCUGCUAGGAAUGCCGACGAAUUGUAGUUUUUAUAGUGUAACACAGGUACGGUUAAAGAAGUUUUGUUUUGCCAGACGAAAUGUUUUGGAAAACAUUCAGAUGGUGGCCUCCGGUCGGCGAAUGAAUACUGAUUUAGUAUAAUAUAAAAAAAAAAAAAAUGUUGAAAAAAUGUGUUAUUUAAUUUAAUUUAAUACAAAUACACUAAAUGUACUUAGGUAACGAUCUGUUAAAGAGCGUUUUGACAAAGCCAACACGAUUUACGGUACCGAUGUUUUUUUUCGGUCAUUUUCUCCUAUAUAAACGGUUCUUUUUAUAAAAUACAUUCCCGCCGUUUUUUUUCCACACUUAUCAUUUUGACGCAAGUGUCUGUUCGGAUACAUUUAAGAACUUCUAUUCCAUUCGCUAUAAACUCGAGACCCAACUAGCGUACAAUCCGUUAAAUCCGGGACCCGACUGGUAAAGUACUCGCGGGAACCCGGGACCCAUCUAGAGUAGAUUUUUGAACGCUGGGUCCAACUCGGACGCGCUCAACUAUAACGCUGCAUCUGCAGUGGACAUUUUUCAAUUAUAAUUAUCUGUGCAGGCGUAUUGAAGAACAGCUCUAGUUCGGAUAUCAGGUACACAAUGAUGUACCCGAAAGAAGUCAACAAUUUGUUCAAUGAACUCCGCGAUCUGACGGAAGAAGUGAAAACCUAUUACGCGUAUCACGCAAUAAUAAUCAUCGUCGAAUCGGUUUUGAUACUCGUGUCGAAUGCGACGACGUUAACGGUCGACUGCCUAAACGAGUUGGACAAGACGAUCGUCCGCAACUGUUAUUGCGUUGGACACUGCGCAUUGCGGUUGUUAUUCCUGUUUUACGUGGUUCGCGAAGCCCACAAGGCUGUACUCGAAGUAAGUAUAAUGUGA